GUACGUUAACUUGAGCUAUGUUUUGAAAUUCGUUUUUCGUUGUUGGAUUAAUAAAUAUAAUCGUUGAAUUUAUUGCUGUGUUUAACUUACUCGGAAAUUAUUGUAAUGGAAAGGAGGUGGAAUUAUUUGGAUAUAACUCGCUCGGAACUUAGAUCUGCUAUGCUUGAUAUGGUUUCUGUACUUGAUUGUUACUAUAUUGAUUUUUCUGUUUUUGAUUUCUCAAAUUGCGAUGAAUCAUUGCCGUUUUUCUAGUUUUUAUGCUAUUGGAUUUGUUUCGAUAUUGCGGUUAUUAAACCACUGCAUUUCGUUUCUGUGAAUUGUAUUCAUUUGUUGAAGUAUCGGUGACCUGAUUUAUUUAAGCUCCUGUUUGCUGAUCUACGUUGCUUUGACUGGUUUUGAUGGCGAUUACUGAGGUGCAUGUUUUGAUACAAGGGUUGGGUUUGAUUUCACAUGAUUUUGAAAUAGUUUAAUCGAAGAAAAAAUGGGAGGUGGGUUUAGAGUGCUUCAUCUGGUUCGGCCCUUUCUUUCGUUCCUGCCUGAGGUUCAGAGUGCGGACAGGAAAGUUCCAUUCAGAGAGAAGGUCAUAUACACUGUGAUAUCCCUAUUCAUUUUCCUGGUCUGUAGUCAGCUGCCGUUGUAUGGAAUACACUCCACGACUGGCGCAGAUCCAUUCUACUGGAUGCGAGUUAUUCUGGCUUCAAACAGGGGGACUGUGAUGGAGCUUGGGAUCACCCCAAUCGUGACCUCUGGACUGGUUAUGCAACUGUUGGCUGGUUCAAAAAUCAUUGAGGUUGAUAACAAUGUGCGAGAGGAUCGUGCACUCCUGAAUGGUGCACAGAAGUUGUUGGGCAUCUUGAUAGCGGUCGGUGAGGCUGUUGCAUACGUCCUUUCAGGAAUGUAUGGCAGUGUCAGCCAACUCGGUGUUGGAAAUGCAAUCCUUAUCAUCCUGCAGCUCUGUUUUGCCGGCAUUAUUGUGAUAUGCCUCGAUGAGCUUCUCCAGAAGGGAUAUGGUCUGGGCUCGGGUAUUUCACUCUUUAUUGCAACCAACAUAUGUGAAACCAUAAUCUGGAAAGCCUUUAGUCCCACCACCAUCAACAGUGGCCGUGGAGCUGAAUUUGAAGGAGCCGUUAUUGCUUUGUUUCAUUUGUUGAUCACUCGGACAGACAAGGUUCGUGCUCUGCGGGAGGCAUUCUACCGGCAGAAUCUACCCAAUGUUACGAACUUGCUUGCCACAGUCUUGGUCUUCCUCAUUGUCAUCUACUUCCAAGGGUUCCGUGUGGUUUUGCCUGUGAGAUCAAAGAAUGCCAGGGGGCAACAGGGCUCAUACCCGAUCAAGUUGUUCUACACUUCCAACAUGCCCAUUAUUUUGCAGUCUGCUCUUGUUUCCAAUCUGUACUUUAUAUCUCAGCUGCUAUACAGGAAAUACAGUGGCAAUUUUCUUGUGAACCUUCUGGGGAAGUGGAAAGAAUCUGAAUACUCUGGCGGAUCAGUCCCUGUUGGGGGUCUUGCUUAUUACAUAACUGCACCAUCCAGUUUGUCUGAUAUACUGGCCAACCCUUUCCAUGGACUAUUUUAUAUUGUGUUUAUGCUUUCGGCAUGUGCUCUAUUCUCAAAGACAUGGAUUGAAGUCUCAGGAUCUUCAGCCAAAGAUGUUGCCAAGCAGCUGAAGGAACAACAAAUGGUGAUGCCCGGACACAGAGAAUCGAACUUACAGAAGGAGCUCAACCGCUACAUUCCCACAGCUGCAGCUUUUGGCGGCAUGUGCAUUGGUGCACUCACUGUCUUGGCCGAUCUUAUGGGGGCAAUUGGUUCUGGCACGGGUAUUCUUUUGGCUGUAACAAUCAUUUAUCAGUAUUUCGAGACUUUCGAGAAGGAGAAGGCCAGUGAGCUUGGUUUCUUUGGUUUCUAAAGAAAAAUCGUGCCUGGAAAAAAACUACGCAUUUUUGGUUCAUCUGAGGAAUGUAAAGAAGAAAACCCCCGGGAUUGGUAACUGCGGAAAGUUCCAAAAGUGGAAAGAUUGUAGUGUUUUAGUUUUGUCAUAGUCAGUUGUUGUCUUGUGCUUUUGUUUAAUCAUGCACUUUUAAGUGUUUUCUGAGAUCGAGAUUAGUGUUGAAACAAAAAAGCCACAUAAUUUUCUGCUAAUUACAUAUGUUUUGCUACCCAAUUUUCCAGUUUAUUUUUUUUUUUCUUUUUAUGUUUUAUCUUUUAUUGAUUCCCAUCAUUGUUGAUAUUUUGAUGCUACAUAUUCUUGGAUUCGGUUCACUAUAAUAAUAGUGGUGUACAGCGCUGAAAAGAACGAAAGCCUCGUGAAAAAGCUGCUAAUUCAGUAAUUUGUGAGACAAUGAAGAUCUUGUCCUUCAGCUAAAAAUUUGAUUCAUUUUUUUUUUGGUCCCUGC